UCAAUGUUCUGUUUUGUAUUGUCUUUAGAACAAGUACAAUACUCUUGACUAGUGAAAAUGUUGAAUUCAACAAGCUUUAUUGUGAUUUGUUCGGAUUAGAACAGUUUUCAAAAUUGUUAUCCGUGUUUGUCAUCUUUACAAUGAUUGAUUGAUGCCUAUACUUGACUCUUGAAACACUUCAAGUAUCAGAAAUGCAGCCGACCAUGGACUUGUCCCAGUUUCCGCUGGAGGUGUUGGAGGUCCUGGCCAAUUACCUGUCAGUGCAGGACCUGUCUGCCUGCUCAGCUGUCAGCAUCCGCUGGCGCGAGGCUUUCAACCUAGACCUCUUCUGGCGCAGGCACUGUGACCCUCUCGUGGCGGGAUAUCUUCAGCGCACUACCAACCUUGUGAAGCCUAGGUUUACAGAGCCCUUCAGUGUCGGCUCCCUAGAACCUCUUUGUCCAUGGAGGAUACACCUGAUGCGACGAGCGUUCCUCUUCCGCAACUGGAGUAAAGGACGAACUACGGUGCAGAAUAUGAAGUUUCCAUCACCUGUGGUAAACUGUACGUUAAAAAUGGACCAGAGUGGUACUCACUGGCUGUUAGUCAACCUCGGAGAUAGAACUGAAAUUUGGAACGUGGAGGCCGAACCUCAACUUCACGCGACUGUUGGAAAUAUCACAGCAGCCCCAAGCUACCUGGAUAUAGUCGGGGGAAAACUUAUCAUAGUCGACUUUUAUUACUUAGUGCAAGUCUUUCACCUCAAACUACCAUUAACAGGUUUUGCCCCAAGUAGUAAGUUUUUUUAUACAGAUUCAGAAUCUCUUUAUGUAGAUCUCGCUAAUGACGAUGACUUCAUUGCUGUUCGAGACAGGCUUCGCUCAACAUUUUCAAAAGGCCAUUUUUUAUUUUCCGCCGACCAUUUGCUCAUAGGGUAUUGUUCUUAUGUUGAAGAUAUGAAAGAGAAUUUCUUACACAUUUGGAAUAUGAAUUUUGAGACGAAAUAUGCUCAAGAAAAUAUCUGUAGCGCGUUGCAAAACAAGUUAAAAACUCGUUCUUGCAGCGCUUACCUUACUUCAGAUACUAAUUCUAAAAUGUUAUUGUGUUCUAUAUAUUUGUACGACAAAUAUAUAACCAAGCUUGUAAUUUACAGCUUGAGGUCAAAAGUCUUUACGAAUUUCAACAUGACCAUAUCAGGCAAAGUGGACUGGUGUGCAAUAUCUGGAGGCCUUGUAGCUACAUCCCAUCUCCUUCAUCAGCUUCACAUCUACAGCACUCACUCCGGAAAUCUGCUCAAUAUCUUGGAUACCAACACAAGGAUGUUCUUCGGUCCCAAUUCUGGCCUUCAGUAUCAGAUGAUGGAUCCUUACUUGGUCCAGCCGAGCAGGGAAAGUGUCAAAAUCAUAAACAUAAACAACCACUUGGACAGCCUUCUGUUGUACUUCUACUCUGUAUACAAAGUGAUCACAAUACCUCCGUACUUUGUCGCGAUCAGUGCUCGUCCUUACCUGUCCAGCAACAAGAUGAUCUUUGAGGUUUGGAAUGUGAAGCAGAAGAUGAGGAUGUUCGAGCAUUUAGUCGCAGAGGCGAAUUGUCCUGCUUUCCACAUAAUAGAACCUUUGAUAACAAAGACUGCAAUUGCAGUUGGAAAGAACAUUAGGUUGCUUUCAUUUUGGUAAUACCCUUGGCUAGACUGAAAAGCUUUUGCUAAUGACUAAAUGACUUCAGAGAGCUUAGGGCUUCAGUCAUUUUACUACUGUCUUUUAAAGGACUCAAAGGAGACAUUUUGGUCUGGUUAUCCUCCUUGUUGUAUCUUCAGAAAGAUGAUCUGAUGUGGUUAUGAAUUUGGAAAGUAUCAGGUUGCUAUUACUGUAUUUUUGUAUUUAUUGUAAGUCAACGUUGCUUAAUCUUGUUGUAUUUUAAUGACCUUGGUAAGUUAUCAGAAUGCUUAUAUUUUUAUAUUACUUUCGGAUUAUUUUGUUUAUUGACUUUGGAAAGACUUAUCAGGAUCCGCUGUUUUGGCAAUCACUUUCAAAAUUCUUGUCAGGAUCUGUUGUUUUUGUAAUGACAUUGGAAAUACUUGUCAGGAUCUGUUCGCAUCAUUCCCUUGGAAAGGUUUAGACCGCUAACAUCUUAGUACAUUUUUCAAAAGUCUCAGGCUAUUAAUGUGAGUUUAAUCUACAAAAUAGUAGGCACUACUGAUGUUUAAAUAACAGACGUGGAAAGGUGGUAAUCUGUUAUAAAUUUAUGAAUGACUCUGAAUGGGAAAUGAGUUCUAAAACUCAUUUUAUUUACCACUGACUUAAAAACUGCAGUGUUUAUUACCAACCCUGAAGAUAUUGAAACUAAUUUUUAGCAGACCAAUUGUGAACAAGUAUGGAAAUUACUCUUUUCUGUGAUAAGUAUACUGUGUGUGAUUAAUUUAGAUUUUUUUUACAAGUGAUAUGUAAAGAAAUAUACCAUGUUUACAAAACAUA